CUAAGGGGACUUCCGCUCUCAUCUGAAAGCAGCACGAACAUACAGCAGUGUGUCACGCUGAAAACAGGGCGAGAGAAUGAAAAUAGAAAAGAAAAAAAAGUGUGGUUGUCCAUUUCCUGUCAAAACCUUUUGUCUGCUGAUGUUGAGAGCAAGAACUAGGAAGAGAAACUCAAUGCUCGCUGUUCGGUCUAGUCACCGGUAGUUCAGUGGAGAUCUCUCGUUCUCUUCCAGGGUCUCUUUCUAUUCGACUUUCAUUUUUUUUAACGGUUUGUUCCAUGAGUAUAUGAGGCCAUGAAGCGAGCAUCGAAGGGGAAAGGUCAGGAGAAUGUGGGCAGCUCUCUGCUCAGUCCACAGGAGAACGAGAGGCUGGAGGAUCUGCUGGGCAGGAGGUGCGUGUCUCUAUCCUCAGGGGUCGUGCAGUUACUCAUGGCCCUUCCGAGUGAGCCCAACCGCUGGACACCACAGCAGUCCGGAGUAGUUUGUUUCGUCAAAGACAGCACUCUGCGCUCCUUUUUCAUCCGUCUAUAUGACAUCAAGGCAGGGAAGAUGGUUUGGGAACAGGAAAUAUAUAACCAACUGAUGUACCAAAGGACCAGGCCUUUUUUUCAUACUUUCCCUGGAGACGACUGUCAAGUGGGGCUGAACUUUGCAGAUGUAGGAGAGGCUGAAAAUUUCUUUUCUGUAGUGGAAGACAAGAUCAGCCAGAGAAAUAGUCGUUUUGAGAAACAACAGAAAAAGGGACACGAAUCUAGAGAUCAUGGAGCUUUGCCACCACUUCCUCGACCAAAUGGCUCCGGCAUGCCCUCUUCUCCCAUGCUUCCACUGGUACCAAGUAUUAUUCAGAACCAAAUUAUCCCUUCCAAAUCAAAGAAAGACAAGAAAGAGAAAGAGAAAGACAAAAAAAACAAAAAGAAAGGAUCCAAACUGUUGAAGGGAGAUAUUGGAGCACCCAGUGGAUUCACGCAUGUCGGCCACCUUGGCAUGGGUUCCAACAGUUUGGACCCGGAUCUGGUGAAACUUCUGUCCUGUGCUGGGAUCAGUGAAGCGGAUAUGAAUGACUCAGAAACCUCUCAGCUCAUUUAUGAUGUCAUUGAGCGUUCAGGUGGAAUGGAGGCUGUUAAAAAGGAGGCGAACAUGAAGGAGUCUGCUCUCCCUCCUGUUCCCGGUGGACAUCGUGGUUCUCUUCCCCAAGUUCCCCAAUCUGGGUACUCUUCAGCGCCACCUCCACUACCUCAAGGUCGAAUGGGGCCUCUACCGCCUGUCCCAGGUCAGUCCUCUGGUCCACUUGCUCAUCGAGGUUCCCUUCCACCAACACCUGCAAGAGCAGCCGCUGCACCUCCCACCCCUGAAGGCCGCGGCGUGUCUCUGUCAACCCGAUCGGCAUCAUUAGGCCCCCUGCCACCAGUUCCUGCCGGGGGCCGUACUGGACCCUUGCCUCAACCUCCAGUAUCCCAGAGCGCAAACUUACCUCCCCCACCUGGAGGUCGGAGCGGAGGUUUACCCCCACCACCACUUCCAGGAGAACGCAGGGAGUCUUUAGCCCCCGUUCCAGGAAAGAGACCUGGAUCACAAAUGAAUGAAAGACGAGGUAGUUUUCUGCCGCCCCAACCUGCUGGGGCAACUCCACCACCACUACCACCGGGUGUGAGGAACGCACCCUUACCCCCACCUCCGAGAGACAAUAGUGUAUGUUUCCCACCUCCGCCUCAAUCCGAUAUGCCAUUACCUCCUCCCCCAUCUGAUUUCUUCCCUCCUCCACCUUGUGACUCAUUUCUUCCUCCUCCACCUGAAGACUUUACUGAUUCUUUGCCUCCACGUCGUUCUUUUGAAUCCAACUUUCCUCCCCGAGGCAAUUCCUCAGGCUUUGCCCCUCCACCUCCUCCAGUCUCAUCCAAACCCAGUGCAGGCGGUCCGCCUCCACCACCUCCUCCUCCCCCUCCCGCUGCUCCUCCUCCAGUGCACUUUGGAAGCAACCCCUCAUCUCCAAGUGGUCCGCCACCUCCAGCAUCCAGCGGUGGGGAAGGGGGUAGAGGAGCAUUACUUGCCCAGAUACAAACAGGCAUGAAACUCAAAAAGGUGGCCACCAACCCAGAACCACCUACACCUACCGUGGAUACAGAAGAGGGUAUAGUUGGAGCUCUCAUGAUGGUGAUGCAGAAGAGGAGUAAAGUCAUCCAUUCAUCUGAAGAGGACGAUGAAUUUGAUGAUGAUGAGGACGACGAUGAAGAGUGGGAUUAAUACUGGUGUAAUUGAAAUACUUUCAAUACAUGCAUCAGGGCAGUUGUACAUGUUUUGGAAGUCAAACAACACUGAUCCCAAGCAUUUUCUCUGAUGAUGCACUGAUAAAGUCAGAAAAAUGCUGAUAAAUGGCUGAUAUUAAAAUACCAUUAUUCCUAAACAAAUUAAAUCAGUUUUAUUAUAAAAAAGGGAUAUUCAUUUUGAGAUUUGCAUUUAAGAGUUAUUUAAAUUAUAAUAAUAUUUUUUGUACCUUAUGCUAAAGGUAAUUAAAAGGUAAUCUAAUGUACAAAAGUAAAAUAUUGUAUCAAACGUAUCAUGCAUAGCUUGUCUUACUCCUCUUAAGGGUUCUCAGUUUCUGAGUGUUUCAGAUGAUGUAGAUAUCUCUAACAUUAUAUAAUGUGAAUGAGUACUGAAUGUAUUUACAAUAUGUAAAUGAAGUAAAAUGUGAAUUGAAAAGUGAA